AUGGAUAGCAGCCUCGAGCGCGGCACAAAGGAGGCGGAAAAUGGGGAUGGAAGAACAGGUGGGGGCAACAGCAACAGCAGCAGCAGCAGCAGCGUUGCGGCGACAGCAGCAGCGUCAUCAGCACCGACGGCACCGAAGAACGCGGGCGCCGGCGACACCGACGGCGGCAGCGUUAGCGCAGCGGGCGGCGGUAGCGGCACGGACGGCGGCAGAGGCGUCUCGGCGGGAGUCGGCGGGCUGCAGGCCCAAGGCGUGGUCGGCUGGAAGACCGGAGCAGCAGCCCAAGCGCUGCCCGCGGGCACCGACGAGUGGACGCUGGAGCAGUUGGCCGAAAGCUUCGAGGGCGAUCGACUCGAAAGGCUUCUGCGCGCGGGCGAUGGUGGAGGAGAGGGGCAGAGCGCGGGCGGCGGGGGGCUGAGGUCGAAGUCUGGCCGGAGCGGGGCGGCGGCGGGCGUGAGCUUGAUGAAGGAGAGGGUGUUACAGCUGAGGAAUGCCAUCGCGCGGGAGAAGCUGAAGCCGCUGGGCAACCGUCUCGUUCAGGCGAGUUAA